GAUGGGCGUCUUUGCGAAACCUCAAUUCUCUGUUGGUGUAUCCGUUGUCAUCUUUUCAUUGGCAUUCGUCGUUUUAUUGUAUACCGAGAGAAUCAGUCUGCUCUCUUCCACCACGCUUUUCUCUUGCGCUAAAAGGGGCGGUUCCUCCAUACAAAGCGAUAGGAACGCGACAGAAGAAGAAGAAGAUAGCAGAUUGAAGGCUAUUGUAGAUGACAGGUUCAUCUUUGAUCCUGAUGAAUGCGACGUCACUAAAGGAAAAUGGGUCUACAAUCGGUCCUUUGAACCGUUGUACACGGACCUCUCUUGCCCCUAUCUUGAUAGGCAGGUCUCUUGUGUUAAGAACGGAAAAAACGAUACCACUUAUCGUAAAUGGGAGUGGCGCCUUGAUGAUUGCAUCCUUCCCAGAUUUGAUGCAAGACUCGCACUAGAAAAAAUACGAGGAAAGAGGGUGAUGUUCGUGGGAGACUCCUUAGAAAGAGGCCAGUGGCAAUCUUUCGUAUGUUUGGUUGAAUUCCUCAUACCGAAAGAUCAGAAAUCAAUGAAACGAGGAAAAGUUCAUUCUGUCUUCAAAAUAAAGGAUCACAAUGCGACUAUCGAGUUUUACUGGGCGCCAUUUCUAGUAGAGUCAAAUACAGACUUAAAAAUAGUAGCAGAUCCAAAGAAGAGACUACUGAGGGUGGAUUCUGUAGAAAAACAUGCUAAACAUUGGGUAGGAGUUGAUGUGCUUCUUUUCAAUACUUAUGUUUGGUGGAUGACUGGUACCAAGCUCAGAUCCUUAUGGGGUUCAUUUGCAAAUGGGGAAGAUGGUUAUGAAGAAUUAGACGCUUCGGUUUCCUAUCGGUUAGCGUUGAGGACAUGGGCAAACUGGAUUGACUCGAACGUUGAUCAAAACAAAACGCGUGUUUUCUUCACCACCAUGUCCCCUACACAUCAAAGGCCCGCGGACUGGAACAACGAUGGAGGGAUAAAAUGCUUCAACGAAACGGAACCUGUGAAGAAGAAAGGACACUGGGGAACGGGAUCAGACAAGAAGAUAAUGAGCGUAGUGGGUAGUGUCAUGGGCAAGAUGAAGACUCCAGUAAGGUUGAUCAACAUAACACAACUAUCGGAAUACAGGGUGGAAGCUCAUUCGUCGAUUUACACAGAACUUGGAGGAAAGCUGUUGACCGAUGAGCAAAAAGCCGAUCCAUUCAAAUUCGCAGAUUGUAUACAUUGGUGUUUGCCUGGAGUUCCUGAUACUUGGAAUCAGAUACUUCUUGCAUAUUUGUAAAAUUUAGAAAAAAAAAAAAAGGCAGGUGAGUCACAAUUGAAAUUUUCACCUUCAAAAAGCAAUUGUUUUACCUUAUUGGAAUUUAAUUCUGCAUAGGUUGGAAUUGGACUGA